AUGUGGCCAGGAGAGAACCUAACUUCGGAUUUUUCCGUCUCGUCCUUCGGCCUGGCGGUGCCGCAGCUGGUCGAGGGUUCGCAUCCGCAUCCGCAGCAGCAGCAGCAGCUCGAGCCAUCGGGCAGCAACCACGACGUGAACUGCGGCAUGCUCGGCUUGUACCCGUCCUUCCUGCAGGGCUACCGCACGCACCGGUGCUACCUCAUGUGCCUCUGCGUGCUCGGCAUGACGCAGGGCUUCGUCGUCAACGGCCUGGUCUCCGUGGUGACGCCCACCAUCGAGAAGCGCUUCCAGCUGCUGGGCAUCGAAGUCGGGAUGAUCCAGAGCAUGUUCAACGUGGCGUCAUGCAUCAUGACAACGCCCGUCAGCUACCACGGGGGCGUCGGCCACAAGCCGGUCAUAAUGGGCAUCGGCGCUCUCAUUGUGGCCACCGGCUCCAUGGUGUUCGCCUCCCCGCACUUCCUGGCGCCGCCGUACAUAUCGCUGGGCAGCGGUUCCACCGACGUCUGCCCCCAGCGGGGCCCAGGAAAGUGCGGCGCCCUGGCACGGUCCGGCGCAACCAGCGCCAACUCCUUCAAGUACUUCUUCAUGGUGGGGCACGCGCUGCAUGGCGUCGGCUCGUCGCCAUUCUUCACCCUCGGCGUGGCUUACCUGGACCAAAACACGCCAUCGGCCAGCGCGUCUAUCUACAUGGGUAUAUUUUACGCCACGUCCGUCCUGGGACCUGCCAUGGGCUUCAUCCUUGGCGGUUACUUCCUUUCGAAAUACACCGACAUAACCGCCGAUUCUUCGAAGCUAGGCAUGGACCCUUCGAGUGCCAACUGGGUGGGCGCUUGGUGGCUCGGCUUCUUCUGCGCCUCCAUUGUCACCUUCCUCACCGCCUUUCCCAUCGCGAGCUUUCCAAGGGCGUUACCGACUGCCGUAGAACGGGCGAGAGAUCUGUCGAGGCUGCAGAAAGAGAAGGCGAUGAAAUCCCAGAAGCAGGCGCCGAGCGAAGCCGAUGCGCAAGCUGCACCAAAGGUCCAGGCUAUACCAGAUGCCCGGACUACUACGCAGGCCACCGAAGCUCCUCCGGCUGUCCGUGGAGCUAGGACUACACCGGUCAUCCAGGCUAGUCCGGCUAUCCAGGUUACUCAGUACACACAGGCUACUCGGGGCAACCAGGUUAUCCUGGACACCCAGAAUAAGCCGGGUUCUCAAGACGCGCAGGGGGCAGCUGACCACGAUGCCUCUCAGGAUAUGCAGAUCGCGAUGGAGCCGAUUGUUGGGAAGGCGCACAACAGAAGCCUCGUAAACCACAUCAAGAGGCUCAUAUGCAACCCUAUCUUCGUCUGCCUCACGCUCGCUGCGUGCGCUGAAACGAUGAUCGCGUCCGGGCUCACCGGAUUCGCAACGAAGAUUUUCAUCUCCAUGUUUGGCAUCUCAUCUAGCCAGGCGUCCACCCUUCUAGGCAUCGUAUCUGUGCCGAGUGCUUGCGGGGGAACCCUGCUGGGAGGCUACGCCAUUACGAAGUUGAACCUCAAGUCGUCCACGAUCGUGCGCUACUGCGUCGUGCUGUCCUUCGUACCGUGGUUCACGCUCUUCGUGUUCAUGCACUCCUGCCCCAGCAGUCAUAGCGCACUUGUCAACAUCAGCACCUGGGGCGAAGACCGGACGCUCACCUUCCGCGACCUGAGGCACAGCUGCAACGGGUACUGCAACUGCUCGGGCGUCGGUUACGACCCGGUGUGUGGGAGCGAUAACUUCACUUACUACUCGCCUUGCGUUGCCGGAUGCGGCCACGUGAGGAACUUCCGGAAGACUAAGGUAGGCAACCAAUUCCGCCUCAGAACACGCAGGUGGCUGACGUAA